AAUUCUGACGUCACUUCCUGCAGCUUCCUCUUCCUGAGGAGAUCCACUGGACGCCUGGCGACAGCAAACUUCACGACAUGUCGGCGGAGGAAGUGGCCAAUCAGCUGGUGGUGUUCGACUGGGAACUUUUCAGCUGCGUUCACGAGGUGGAGUUCAUCUGUUACGUAUUUCACGGCGAGCAGUCCCGCUGGCGCCCCCUGAACCUGGAGCUGGUACUGCAGCGCUGCAGCGAGGUGCAGCACUGGGUCGCCACGGAGAUCCUGCAAUGCCAAUCGCUGCCGAAGAGGAUCCAGCUGCUGCGCAAGUUCAUCAAGAUCGCAGCGCUCUGUAAACAGCAGCAGGACCUGCUGUCCUUCCUGGCGGUGGUUCUGGGUCUGGACAACCCGGCUGUCAGCAGACUGCGGCUCACCUGGGAGGGUCUUCCGGGGAAGUUCAGGAAGCAGUUCCAGCAGUUCGAAAGCAUCGCUGACCCGUCCAGGAACCACAAGUCCUACAGGGACCUGAUCACCAGCCUGAGACCCCCGCUGAUCCCGUUCACCCCGCUGCUGCUGAAAGGUGACCAGAACCGGAGCAGAACUCAGAGAACUGAUGGGUUUUACUGAUUUUAACAGUUCUUC